AUGGAUGGUCCAAGACAGCAUUUAGAUUGCUUACAAUUCCAAAAACUAUGGCAUGCAUGUUCUUUCAAGAGAUGCUGCUUCUUUCUUGUCAUCUUCCUUCUAUUUAUAGUUCUCACACUUGGGGUUGCUACAAUUCUUGUGAUCUUCUUUUUGAAGCCACAAAAGCCUGUUUUCACUUUCCAAACAAUAAGUUUGGAUUGGUAUAACCUAGAUACCUAUUCUGACUCAUUCCUGUUUGUUUCAUCUGUCAUCACUUUAACCCUGAAUGCUCAAAAUCCUAACAAGUUUGGCCUAAGGUAUGGUUCUACACGGCUUGGUCUAUAUAAUGAAGGAUUGCCAAUAGGUGUAAUUCGAGUUCCAGGAUUCAUUCAACCUGCUCACAGCAAUAAUGUCAGUGUGCCAACCAGGGUUUUGUUUGAGUGUGUGAAUGUCAGCCAAAUUGUUGAUGGGGCUUCAUUGCAUGGUGGCUCAAGGAAAGACAUGAUUCAGAUGAAUAUAUUAGGUGAUGUUAGAGCUCAACUAUUGAUGCAUCAUAUGGCUUUCUUAAAGAUUAAGGUUGCCCUAGAUUGUGAUAUAAAUGUUGACUACAGAGAGUUAAUUACCAUUAAAAAUGAAGUUAACAUCACAAGGGUUGUUAACAAUCACUUCGCUUCUUUCCCAAACAGCUCUGAAUUCAUUUCCAUGAAGUGCGCAUUAUCUUUCUACGCAUAA